AUGAACGGUGGCAAGGGGUUGUAUAGUUGGGAAAAAGCAAUACCGCGCAGUGCGGUAAUUUCAAAAUACACCAGUAGAAAACGCACAAAACAACAAAUUGAUAAAAAAUAUGGUGAGGCUGUUGCAAAAUAUGCACUAUGCAACGCAAGAGGUCGUUGUGUUGACGCCAAUCAUGCAACUGAUGCCGCGGCGAGAUUUGCAAACGACGCAAGAAAUACACCAUUUAAAAAUAACAGUAUUAUACAAGGAAAUACAAGAUUUCGAUUAAAAGCUUCAAAACGCAUAACACCGCAUCAAGAAAUUUUCACAUCAUACGGUGCCGAUUAUUGGAUUUAA